CCGCGAUGGCGGCGCCUUUAUUGGGGUUCAGCGCCGGAGCCGCCCCGGGCCCGCCCCGGGACCCUCCCCGAGAUCGCCCCCGGGACCCCCCUCGGGACCUUCCCCGGGGCCCUCCCCGCCCCGCUCGCUCAGGCUCAGCGCCAGGUCCCGCCACAGCGCGUCCAGCCGGGCGCGCAGGUCCUCCACGGGCGGCGGCGGCGCGUCCAGCGGCCCCUCGGGCGGCUCCGGGCGGGCGCUGAGCUUCAGCCGCAUCUCCUCGGUCUCCUGGUCCAGCGCCCGGGUGAAGGCCUGGAUCUGCGCGUACGUGUCCCGCCGGAACUCCUCCACGCGCCGCUGCACCUCCCGCGCCAGCGCCUCCCGGGAGCGGCCCGGGGCUGCCGCGGCCCCGCCGGGGUACAGGCUCAGCUUGGCCUUCAGCUGCUCCAGGUUCCGCUGGAUCUGCCGGUGCAGGUCCCGCGCGUUGCGGGUCAGCUUGGCCGACAGCUCCUGGAUGUGCUGGUUGAGCUGCUCGGGGCUGGCGCGGGCGUGCGGGGCCACGCCGCGGUGCAGCUCCUGCACGUUGCGGUGGAUCUCGCUCAGCAGCCGCUCGGCGUACGGCUGGAAGAUGUCCUUCACCUGCUCCGUGUGGAAGGCGAUCUUGUCGCCGUAGUGAGCCACGAAGCGCUGCAGCUCGUCGGCGCCGUCCAGGAGCUGCGCCGCCACCUCCCGGCUGGGCACCAGGCGCCGCCGCAGCUCCCGGGCCCGCAGGGACACCUGGUCCAGCAGCUCCUCCGUGAGCGGCCGCAGCUGCUGCCGCAGCUCGUCCAGCUGCCUGCCGACCUGCUGGUGCACCUCGUCCACGUACGGGGACAGCUGCCGGCGGAGGCUGUCCAGCUCCCUGCGGAGGGCCUUGCGCAGGCUGGCCGGGUCCUCCCCCAGCCGGGGGGGCUGCAGGCCCGUGCCCAGCGGGGACAGCUUCUCCAGGAAGCCCGCCAUGGAGCUGACCCCAUCCUGAACGCUCUCCUUCAGGUUCCUGCACGAGAGAGCCCCCAGAGCCCCGAGUGGCCGCGGCCCCCCGUGCCCCGCACCCCGAUAAUCGCUGCCCCCCCGCGGGCCCUGCCCCGCCGUCCCCGGGCGGGGAGAGCGGGGCGCGGCACUCACGUGCUGUCGCUGCCCGGCUUGCUGUGGCUGUCCUUGUCCCCCGUCAGCUGGCUCAGGUACCGCCAGAGCCCGCUCUGCGCCGCCCCGGCCGGGGACACUGCGGGCGGGAGCGCCACUGCUGCCGCUGCUGCUGCCCGGCCGCCCCCGCAGCCCCCGGGGGGACCCCUGAGCCCGGCCCGGGCCCGCACCCACCUGGGCAGGCGGCCAGGAGCGAGAGGAGCAGCGCGGCCUUCAGCAGCAUGCUCGGGCUGCGGGAGAGGGGACAGGAGCCCCCGCCCACGGGGGCUGCGCGCCCCCCGCUGCUCCCUGCAGGGAUCUGGGCUCCCCUGGGCACCCGCAGCGCCCCUAAAAACCCCUGCGGGUCCCCAUGACACCUGUGGGUCCCGGAACACCUCGGCUGCCCCGCUGGAGUCACGCCCAGCUCCUCCGGCCGCGCAGCCUUAAAGCCCCCCGCCCCUCACCUGGCUCGGGUCGCCUCCCGCGUCCCUCCCGUGUCCCUCCCGCCCGGAGGCGGCCGCUGCCCGCCCUUAUGUAGGCUCGGGGGGCGGCCGAGGAGCGGCCGAUAAGGCGGCUUUGGGACGGGAAGGCUUUUUGGACCUCACUCCGUGUAAACACAACGUGGAGGUCCGGGCAGGUGACCUGGGGGCCGCUGCCCCCCGGGCUCGGGGGACGGGGCUGGCCCUGGCCUGGCGCCGCUCGCUGCAUCCCGCGGGGAACGCGGGACGGGGAUGGGGAUGGGGGCGGGGGCAUCGGUGCCGCUCCCGUCGGGACGCGAAGGGAGCCCGGAGCCCCGCGGUGGGUGCGGGAGGGCGAGCCCGGCUCGGGCCGUGCGGGGAUGAGCGGGUCGGGCUCGCAUCUUCCUCUUCCGAGGCCGCUCUCGUGUCCUUUCCUUUCCGCCUUGGUUCUUCCCGGGAACGAGCCCGGGUACCGGGGCUGCGGGGCCAAGGCCGGCGCUGCCGGGGUGAAGCGCCGAGCGGGCGGCAGCGCUGCUGCGGCACCAAAGUCCGCGCGGUCCCUGCCCGACACGGCCUGCGCCGACACGUGAGGCCGCUCCAGGCAGCGCUGGCCGCGCCUCACCUCCUCCCGUCCCGUCCGUCCCGUCCCGUCCCGUCCUGUCCUUCCUGUCCUGUCCUGUCCUGUCCUGCCAGCAGAGCUUCCCCUGUCGGUGACCUGCCGAGCUCCCUCGCUGCGCUGCGGGGACGAGGCGAGUGUCCCUCACCCACCGAUCUGUCCCCCGCCCACCGAUCUGUCCCCCACCCAGCGAUCCCCGCCCCUCGGGGCAGCUGCGGCCCCACCGCGCUGCGGAUGUUUGGGCGCACCCCGCGGCUCUGCCCCCCGGUGUCCCCAGCCGUGCUCAGGGGACAGCGCGGCCUGGGCUCGCCCAUGGGCUCCCCUGGCUGCCGCCACAGGCACCUCCCGCCCGCCUGACCCCGCCUGUGCUCCCUGUCCCUGCUGCCCCAGAGCCCGGAUUCGGGGGGACGCUCCCCCCUCGGGGCAGCUGGGGCGCCCCAGGUACCCCAGCCCAGGGGAGGAUGGACAGGGGAUGCUGCGGGAAGGAAGGACGGACACGGAGCAGCACGUGCAUCACAAGGAGAUUUAUUUCUGCCACUGCAAGUGGCCAGGAGCGCUUGGGACGCCUGCGGCUGGUGGGGCGGUUCAGUUCUGCGGGGGCGCGGCGGUGCUGAGGAAAGCGGCCACCUUGUCCCGCACCUCCUUCUCCAGCAGCUCCAGGUGAUCCUCCACGCCGGCCGCGCCCGAGUCCAGCUUGCCGCGCAUCUCCUCCAGCCGCUGCACCAGCUGCUGCCCGAAGGUCUCUCCGAAGGGAGCCGCCUGCUGCCGGAAGGUCUCCAGGCUCUGGCCCAGGCGCUGCUCCAGCUGCUGCGCCAGGGGCUGCAGGCGCUGCCGCAGGCUCUCGGCGUCGCCGCUCGCCGCCUCCCGCAGCUCCCGGGCCAGCGGGCUCAGCUGUGCGCGCAGCUCCUCGGAGCUGGCGGCCAGGCGGGCCCGCAGCUCCUCGGCCGCCCGCUCCAUCUGCGCGCUCAGGCUCUGCAGCUGCCGCUCCAGCCCGUCCCGCACCUCCUGCGCGUAGGGGCUGAGCCCGCGCCGCAGCUCGGCCACGCUCUGCUCCACCUGUGCCUUCAGCUCGUCCGCCACGGGCGACAGCCGCUGCUUGACGCCCUCCACGCCGCCGUCGAUCUGCUGCUGCAGGCGCUCGGCGUAGGGGCUCAGCGAGGCCUGCACGCUCUCGGCGUUGUCCUGCAGGCGCUCCCGCAGCUCGGCCGCGUAGGGCUCCAGCGCCCGCCGCAGCUCGCCGGCGCUGCGAUCCACCUGCGAGCGCAGCUCCUCGGCGUACGGGCCCAUCCUGGCCUGCAGCUGCCGGAUGUUGGUGCCGAUCUGCUGGUGCACCUGGUCGGCGUAGGGCGCCAGCUUGGCCUGCAGCUCCUGCAGCUCCCGCUGGAUCUGCUCCUUGAGGCGCUGCGAGUCCUGCGCCAGCUUGGCGUGCAGCUCCAUGGCGAAGGGCUCCAGGCGCUGCUGCAGGUCCUCGGCGUAGGCGCUGACGCUCUGCAGGUUGCUCUUCAGCAGGGUGCUGGGGACAGGGGACACGUCAGGGCCCGUGUGCCCCCACCCCGGGCCCCGUCUGCCCCCCGAGCCCCCCGGUCCCAAGGCUGGGCUCACUUGAGCUGCUUGCUGAGCUCGCUCUGGUGCAGCUGCUCCGCCGUGUCCUUGGCAUUGCUGCCCAGCUCCGUGAAGUACUUCCAGAUCACGCUGGCCACCUCGUCAGGGUUCACAUCAGCCCGGGAGCCUGCAGGGGGUGCUGGGGUCAGAGCCCACACAGGCCCGUUCCCCCGGGGACAGCGGGGACACUGCCAUCCCCGCCCUGCUGGCACCGGGGACCCGCACAACACUCACCUGAGAUCGCCAGGAGAACCAGGACAAGGGCGGCCGCCUUGGGCGCCAUCCUGAGUGCUGGGGACUCCUGCGGGAGCACAGAGAGAGGUGAAGGAAGGCCCAGGGACCAGCAGCCCGCAGCCAGAGGCCACGGAGAGCUGGGCUCCCUCCCGGCUCCCUGCAGCCCCUGCACUGCUCACCUGUGCUGCCAGUGCCGCGGUAGCUGCAGAGCCGGCAGCUCCCAGCACUAUUUAUACAGCCCGAGGGCUCCUGCAGCUUCCACGCAGGCUGUGACACAGCAAGGGCUUGGACUUUAGUCGGUCACGACGUGGAGGUGCCUGACGUGUGCGCAGGCCUGACAUCACCCAGGGCCCUGACAUCACCCGCGGCCCCGCCGGCCCCCAGCAGGGGGACAGGGACAGACAGGGCUGGGGGACACACCGAGCCCCUCCUGGGGACAGGGACCUGGCUGAGGGGACACCUCAGAGCUCUGUGGAGGCAGCAGUGGCUCUGUCAGUGCUGGCAGGGCAGCACCUGCGAUGGGUGGGUGUGGGAUGAGUGGCACUGUGACGGGACACGGGGGCUGGGGAUGCUGCAGGGACCUCCCAGCUCUGUGACCGGCUGGGCAAUGGGCGGGACACGGGCUCAGGGGGACGCUGUGAUGGAGCUGGGGGCACACGAGGCUGUGCACAGGCAGGAUGGCAUCGCUCCUUCCCGGGCCAGGCUCCUGGAGCGAGCCCUGGCACAGGAAGAGGCGCACUGCAGGGCACUGCAGCCCCACGGUGCCUGGGAAUGCAGCUGGGACCCGUGCGUGUCCCCGGCCGCGGGCAUCGGGCUCUGGGCACGCACCGGGGCAGCCGCCGGCCCAGCCCAUCCCGCCCCGGGCACAGCGGAGCCGCGGCCGUGUGUCCCUGCGGGCAAAGGGCACGGCGGGCAGGGCAGGGACCCGCCAGGCAGGGGCAGUGCCAAGGUCCGAAGAGCCUCGCGGUGCCCGAGGGCGUCAUGCCCGGGGCCGGGGCCGCUGGAUGUCACCCUUGUGCCGUGCGUGCCCGGGCCGUCCCCUCCGCGGGCAGCGGGCUGGCUGCGCACACGCGUGUGCCCGCGCCCCGCUCUGUGCGCACACGCACAGGCACGCGGGGCCCUGCAGCUCCGUGCCGCGGCAUUUCCCAACUCCUGGCUGGAGCAGCGCCCCUGCAGCCCCCCCGCGCCCUGCCCCGACCUUUGCACGAAUCCCCCGGGCGGCCGCGGGGAGGCUAUAAAGGGUGAGCCCGGGGCUGCCCCGCGUCAGAGCCCGGCACAGCCAUGAAGGCGUCACUGCUGUUCCUGCUCGCCUGCACGGCCGUCCUGGCGCUGGGAGCAAGGGCCGACUCGUCCGAGGACUCGAAGGCGCUGGUGCAGAAGGUGCAGGAGCUGGCCCAGAAAGUCUCGGCCAUGACCAAGGACGCCUUCAGCAGGGUGCGGGAGUCGGAGGCGGCGCAGCAGGCCAGGCAGUGGCUGUCGGACAACGCGGAGCUGGCCAAGCAGCGGCUGCUGUGGCUCAAGGAGCAGCUGGCCGAGCUCCUGAAGAAGACUCCGGCCUCGUAGCCUCGCCGGGGACUGCCCGGGCUCUGUCGGGGCUGGGGACCCCCGGCUGGGGACCCCCGGCUCCCCCCGCUGUCGCG